AUGAAAGCCUCCAUGACGCUGCUGCUCACCUCUCCACCCUCACCCCCCAAGAACAACUUUUUCCCUCUUGAACUCAUUCUACAGAAACUAAUUAAACCUUUGCGGUGUGCCGCCAGCCUGCUCUGCCCUCACAAAGGAAAAGUAGAAAGACAUGGGGGGUUUUUAGAAAUUACCAACAUUGUGUGCCAAAUGACCGUCGGAAGCACAACAACUUUAGUGAGUGGUGUGGAGGCGAGGGGGGUGAGGGGCCGAGGGGCAGAGGGGGCUGCUUACUGCUGCUGCGGCGCUGGUGGCCGGAGCACUAUUUUCCAAAAGGGAUUGUGGGAAGUGUCCAGCAGUGCGACCUCUGCAGCGAGCUGGAGCGUGGAGUCUCAGACCCGGAGCCCUCAGCUAGAGUGCCAGUCUGUUCCUGUGGAGCUGCAGCAUGAGCCACCAGCCAAAAGAGAGCCAAGCAGAGAGGAGAGGAGUGUGAGGCUGGGGCACAGGGCCAGCGCGGAGCAGUGCAAACGCUCCUCCACGCCUCACAAUUAA